GGCAACGGAGGCUGCGGGGGCGGCGGCGCGAGCGGCCGGGCUUGGGGGUGUAGCCGAGCCCGGCCCGGGAGCCCGAGCUGCGAGAGUGCGCGGGAGCUAGGCCCCUGGCGCGGGACUCCAGUCUCCAGGCCGCCUGACCCCCGCACGGGUAUAUGGGAUGGAAGCGGGACCCUCGGGAGCAGGUUCAGGUGUGCCUCCUGGGGGCAAGUGUGUUCCAAACACAAGUGCUGAACUAGGAGUUCCUUGGAGCUGCGGGCGCCUACCUGCCCCCCUUGCAGCAGGUGUUCCAGGCACCACGUCGCCCUGGUAUUGGCACUGUGGGGAAACCAAUCAAGCUUCUGGCCAAUUACUUUGAGGUCGACAUUCCUAAGAUUGACGUUUACCAUUACGAGGUGGACAUCAAGCCAGACAAGUGUCCCCGAAGAGUCAACCGGGAAGUGGUGGAAUACAUGGUCCAGCAUUUCAAGCCUCAAAUCUUUGGUGAUCGCAAGCCUGUGUAUGAUGGAAAGAAGAACAUUUACACUGUCACAGCAUUGCCUAUUGGCAACGAACGGGUUGACUUUGAGGUGACAAUUCCUGGGGAAGGGAAGGAUCGGAUUUUUAAGGUCUCCAUCAAGUGGCUAGCCAUUGUGAGCUGGCGCAUGCUGCAUGAGGCCCUGGUCAGUGGACAGAUCCCUGUUCCCCUGGAGUCUGUGCAAGCCCUGGAUGUGGCCAUGAGGCACCUGGCGUCCAUGAGGUACACCCCUGUGGGCCGCUCCUUCUUCUCACCGCCUGAGGGCUACUACCACCCGCUGGGGGGUGGGCGCGAGGUCUGGUUCGGCUUUCACCAGUCUGUGCGCCCUGCCAUGUGGAAGAUGAUGCUCAACAUUGAUGUCUCAGCCACUGCCUUCUAUAAGGCACAACCAGUGAUUGAAUUCAUGUGUGAGGUACUGGACAUCAGGAACAUAGAUGAGCAGCCCAAGCCCCUCACAGAUUCCCAGCGUGUUCGCUUUACCAAGGAGAUCAAGGGCCUAAAGGUGGAAGUGACCCACUGUGGACAGAUGAAGAGGAAAUACCGAGUGUGUAAUGUUACCCGACGCCCUGCUAGCCAUCAGACGUUUCCUUUGCAGCUGGAGAGUGGACAGACAGUAGAGUGCACAGUGGCACAAUAUUUCAAGCAGAAAUAUAAUCUUCAGCUCAAGUAUCCCCACCUACCCUGCCUGCAAGUUGGCCAGGAACAAAAGCAUACCUAUCUCCCACUAGAGGUCUGUAACAUAGUGGCUGGGCAACGCUGCAUUAAGAAGCUGACCGACAACCAGACUUCAACUAUGAUAAAAGCUACAGCUAGGUCGGCACCAGACAGACAGGAGGAAAUCAGUCGCCUGAUGAAGAAUGCCAGCUACAACCUUGAUCCCUAUAUCCAGGAAUUUGGAAUCAAAGUGAAGGAUGACAUGACGGAGGUGACAGGGCGAGUGCUGCCGGCGCCCAUCUUGCAGUACGGCGGCCGGGUGAGCAGGAAUCGGGCCAUUGCCACACCCAACCAAGGUGUCUGGGACAUGCGUGGGAAACAGUUCUACAAUGGUAUUGAGAUCAAAGUCUGGGCCAUCGCCUGCUUCGCACCCCAAAAACAAUGUCGAGAAGAGGUGCUCAAGAACUUCACAGAUCAGCUCCGAAAGAUUUCCAAGGAUGCAGGGAUGCCCAUCCAGGGUCAGCCUUGUUUCUGCAAAUACGCACAGGGGGCAGACAGUGUGGAGCCCAUGUUCCGGCAUCUCAAGAACACCUACUCAGGGCUGCAGCUCAUUAUUGUCAUCUUGCCAGGGAAGACGCCAGUAUAUGCUGAGGUGAAACGUGUUGGAGAUACACUCUUGGGAAUGGCAACACAGUGUGUGCAGGUGAAGAACGUGGUCAAGACCUCACCUCAGACUUUGUCCAAUCUCUGCCUCAAGAUUAAUGUCAAACUUGGUGGCAUUAACAACAUCCUAGUCCCACACCAGCGCUCUGCUGUCUUUCAACAGCCAGUGAUAUUCCUGGGAGCAGAUGUUACACACCCCCCAGCAGGGGAUGGGAAAAAACCUUCUAUCACCGCUGUGGUAGGCAGUAUGGAUGCCCAUCCCAGCCGAUACUGUGCGACUGUGCGGGUGCAGCGACCACGGCAGGAAAUUAUUGAAGACUUAUCCUAUAUGGUGCGUGAGCUGCUCAUCCAGUUCUACAAGUCCACACGCUUCAAGCCUACUCGCAUCAUCUUCUACCGAGAUGGGGUCCCUGAAGGCCAACUUCCCCAGAUCCUCCACUAUGAACUACUGGCCAUUCGUGAUGCCUGCAUCAAACUGGAAAAGGACUACCAGCCUGGGAUCACUUACAUUGUGGUGCAGAAACGCCAUCAUACCCGACUUUUUUGUGCUGACAAGAAUGAGCGAAUUGGGAAGAGUGGUAACAUCCCAGCUGGGACCACUGUGGAUACCAACAUCACCCACCCAUUUGAGUUUGACUUCUACCUGUGCAGCCAUGCAGGCAUUCAGGGUACCAGCCGACCAUCCCAUUACUAUGUCCUUUGGGAUGAUAACCGUUUCACAGCAGAUGAGCUCCAAAUCCUGACAUACCAGCUGUGCCACACUUAUGUUCGAUGCACACGUUCCGUUUCUAUCCCAGCACCUGCCUACUAUGCCCGCCUGGUGGCUUUCCGGGCACGGUACCACUUGGUGGACAAGGAGCAUGAUAGUGGAGAGGGGAGCCACAUAUCUGGGCAGAGCAAUGGGCGGGAUCCCCAGGCCCUGGCCAAAGCUGUGCAGGUUCACCAGGAUACUCUGCGCACCAUGUACUUCGCUUGAAGGCAGAACGCUGUUACCUCACUGGAUAGAAGAAAGCUUUCCAAGCCCCAGGAGCUGUGCUGCCCAAAUCCAGAGGAAGCAAGGAGGAAGGAGGUUGGGUAGGGAGGAGUGUAGGAGGCCUUGUUUUUUCUCUACAGAGGGGUGUAGGGGUGGGGAACAGGGCCAGCAAGACACCACCAGCCAGAAAUCUCUGAUAUCAACCUCAUAUCCUGCUCCAUCCCUCACCCUGUUUUGUCGCAUCUGGCCCUGACCCCACUGGACCAAGAUGGGCAGCACUGGUGCCCACCAUACACACAGGUGUCUCAUGUGACUCACAGUGCUAAAGACUCAUGCUUAACAGCUUGUUAAGGUCGGCUCUGAAGCCCUGUGGACAGAAGCUUGUAGGUUUGGGUUUGAUACUUUAGAUGGGAAAGUGAGGGGCUUGAGAAAGUGGGUGGGAGGAGGGAAGGAUUUUUUAGGAGCCUUAAUCAAAAAAAGGUCUAGAUUUGUUUAAGAAGAAAAAUGAAAUCAGACCCAGAUCAAUAUUUUAGGAUACUAGAUGUUUUCAUGGGUUCAGAAUCCAGUUUGUAGGAAGAUUUUUAAUGCUAAUGGUUUUGGUUGUUCUUCCCUCAGCUACCCACCCCCAACUCCUGCCCACUGCCUUUUGCCCUUAUUCUCUCACAUUUCCUAACCCACCUUACACCUCCUCCUUGACAGAGAUCCAGCCCCCUGGUAACACUUAAGGCACUAUGGCACUUAGCUCUGAAGUGACACGACCCUGUCUUCCUUCCGCCUGCUGGUGGGUAACCAGUGCCUUCCCUGUAAUGGUAAUGCUGCAGAACUGCAACCUUUUGUACCUUUCUUUGUGGGACCGGGUGGUGGGGGUGGGAGAAGGAGGUAGGUGGGGAACAAAUAUCCCAACCCAAUAAGCCUCCAGCCAGAAUGCCAGCUAUUUUCCAUUUGAAGGAAUUGACUUCCAUACUCGUUGAGCUUUUAAAAAGAUCGCAACCUCAAGAUGGUUAGAAUCCAUUGACAUUUGCACUUUCAGACAUGACAAGUCUCGGAGCUGCUGAGAUGACUGGCCCCUGGCCUUUUCACUUAUACUUCCCUCUUCUCUGUAUCCCCAUCCCUUCCACCCUGCUUGGUCUGGAGUUACUUUCAUAUAGCAUUUCUCACUCUUGGCUCUUUUUCCCCCCCUAAUGGUCAAAUCUCUUAUGUUUCAAUAUUUCUUAACUGGGGUGUCUUAUAACAGAAGAUCUUUAGGUCUAAUGCGAAAAAAGAAAAGAAAAUGAAAUGUUAUUUUUAUACCAUAACUUGAGUCUAUUGCCAAAAUCUGGAAAUUCCUCUCAUGUCUGAUGAGUUUACAUCCUGGAAACAUUGAGCCAUCAGAAGGAACUAUGUAUCUGACUUGUUCUCUGGCCUGGCUAGGUAGGGGUGGUUAUUUUCCCCAAAGUGAGGCUCAGGCUCUGUUCUUCCUCUGUGCAAAUAAUACCUUUUUCUUGCUACAGGCUUCCUCCUCUGCACUGUUCUGCACUCUUUCCUGCAAGUAUAUCUUCCCUUCCUCUGGACUGGACUGUCCUUUAACCCUUUGAUUCAUCCCAGAUUCUAGCAUGUCCUGUGGACAGGCUGGGGAAUUUUGCUGCUCCCUUCGCUUCUGUUUACACAAAUGAAUUUUUCCUGGUUUCCCACUAGGGCAUGUGAGUGGGUGGCAUGGGCUUUCCCCCCCCCCCCCCCCCCUUUGAGAUAAAGGGUUUGGCUGGCUUGCAGUACUAGAGCAGGAGGUUCUUGCUUACUCUCUCUCUUUCCCCUGUACCUAUGCUUGGGAUGGGAAGGUUCAGCUUCAGUGUACAAAUUCUUCUUUUUGAAGAGCCUGGGCUUGGUUUUACCCUACUCUGGUGAUGAAGCUAUGAUACUUUACAUCUAGCCCAGGAUUGGCAAUCAGCUAGAGGAAGGAAGGUAUCAAUUCUGGCCUGUAGAAUUAAAGCUACCCCUUUUCUCUUCCCAGCAGCCUUUGUACAGACCCAGAUUUGCUAUGCAAAACAAUCUAUUCCAGGUUCUGUUCUAGUUGGCUACCUUGUUCAGUAACUUCACAGAAAGGUAACAUAUAUUCCUUAUGAAGAAAGCAACAGGGCUGUUGAGUAACUCCUCCUGUAUGUACAUUUUUCUGCUGGCUAUAGCAUUGGGUGUCCAAUGGGCACAGGCCCAGUGAAAAACAAUGGAGGGUCCUGAGAGGAGGCAGCUCACUGGAGACCCUACAUUCCUUACACAAGUGCCUAAAGAGAGUGAUGCCAACACUCCCAUCUGCCCUGUCCAUCGCCUUCAUAUACAGUCUACUUCAUGUUCCGUCACCCUUUGGGGAGAAAGCUCUCCUAGGACAAUGGGCUCGCGUGUAAUCUACUACAUUGGGUACCUUUUGGGGCUAGGAUAAGGGCAUUAUUCCUGGAGGGUCCAGUCAUUCACCAGCAUUUGCAAAUGCCCAUCGGGAACAGGUGGAAGUCACUAUUCUCAGCAACAAGUUUGUGUUCUUUCCUUUCUUCCCUUUGCCUCAUUCUUUCCAGUUGGGCUUUGAGCUGGGGCUUGAAAAAGCAUUUCUAGUCCUUUGGCAUUAUAUGUGCCAUUCAAGAAAUAAAAGCAAGAGAAUGAGCUUGGAUAAUGAUGAGAAAAUUUUUUGCUUAUUUUUUAGGGAAAAAGGCUUAACAAAUUCAUGAUUGUGUUAUUUAUUCUUGUUUGAAAGGUGGCACAUGCACAGGUGUUGGUAGCAAGCUUUAGCUUGCUUGGAUGUGGUUGCUGCUGCAGUGCUUCUUAUUAAGUUCUGAGAGGACCCCAGCCUUAUCCUCGUAGGUCUCCUGCUACCUUUUUCCCACUGUUUUUAACAUUCCCCCACCCUUCUUCACUCAACUUGGUUGCUGGCUGGCCUGUCUGCCUGCCUGCCUGUCUGCCCAUGUAAUGAAUUCUCUGUAUGACUUGCACUGUUAACUGGCAAGGUCAGGCUAAACACCUUCACUGCAUAAGACCAAGAACCUAUUCUCCAUGCCCAGAAAUGUUAAUACUGAGUUGAACUAUCCUCAAGCUUACACUAAGGCAGAGCAGCAGACCUGCCUGGCUCCUGGGAGUUUCCACACCUGUCUUUGGAGCUAGUUUCUCAUUGCUUUCUCUGCUUCCUUUUCUCUCUGCCCUAGGGCCUCCCUUUGCUAAGGAUGACCAAGGGUAAAACUUUUUGAGUAUUCUGAGUUGGGGGUUAGAGAAUGGGAAAUAAGAGGAAAAAGUG